UCCGGAGCCCGCGUCAGGCGUCACGGGUGUAGCUAUAGCCGCUCUCUCAAGCCGCCACUGCCGCUCCACCCCCAAUCAAAGCACAGCGGCUCACUCAACUUACUGCUGGACGCGAGCAAGGAAGGAAUCCCUGCAGCACCACCACCUCCGUACGUGCCAUCAGCGCCGGCUGUAGAAACAAAUCGAAGGAAGGACUUUUUGGUAGAGAGCUCUCGGUACACCCAACCGUAGGCGAGGCAGGGGUUGCAAGAAGCAAGCAGCCCCCUGUUCUCUGGCUUACGCCCGGAUCUGGGUAAGAGGAACGCUCCGCGCUUCGCUUCACCGGAUCGGACGCUUGUGCAUCAGGGUUUACAAGUAAAGUUUGCCCAACUAUAAUGAAUUAUAACACAAUAUAAGAUGGCAACUGAGGUCAAUCAAAACUAUUUUGCAUGGUCACAGGAGGAACCAUCUGUGCAGGAUAUUUCUCAGGGAACAUCACAGGUGUUUGGUCAUGGUUCCGUAUCUUUUGGAAGAUUUGACUUGGAAUCACUAGAAUGGGAGAAGUGGUCUGUAUUUACCAACGACAGGCGUCACGAAGAGUUUGGAAAGUUUAAUGGAUUAGUUGCUAAGAAGAAGGCAUACUUUGAAGAAUACUUUAAGAGGAUCAGGGAGCUCAAGGCUUUACAGCAACAAAACCUGCAAACUGAACUUAAUUUGGAAUACAAUGGUGAUGGUAGCGAUUCUAGCCAGACGGGAGAAGAUGAACCAGCUGCAGACCAUGCAUCUCCUACUGGAUCUGGAACACUUGUUGAUGAUUCCAUGGAACGGACAACAGCUGCAACCACAUUUGAGCAUGAAAUGGAAUGCUACGAUCAUCAUGAGAACGAGAGCUUCGUUAAUGAAAUUUCUGCAUCAACUCAUUCUUCAUCGGUUGGUGGGUGGCAGCAAAUUGGGAAACAAAUGAGAGGAAAUGUUAAUGGCAGAAUGGAUAUGUCGCAGCAAAAUGCUGAUUCCAGUCAAGAUGAUCCUGGGAUGGCCCAUGAGACUAUGAUGACUCCUAAGAGAACAAUCGAGAAAGACUGUCGGAUUGGUCAAGCUUCAAAAAUAAUUCCAAAUACUGUCAAGAUGACUUCUAGUAAUAUUCCUGAUCACACAAUUGUUACUAAGGGACCUGGUUCAGGCAAGCCCAGUGUGAUAAACCAGAUGGCCAAGCCAGACAAUGUCCCGUCAUUGCGAAGGCCAAGAGAAGCAACCUGCGAUUUGGUUGGUACCACAGGAAGAAGUGGUAUUCCAGGUUUAAGAAGACCUUCCUCAGCAGCAUCACAAAGGCCCUCUACCAGAGAACGGCGGCCUGUUACCAAAGAUGCUUCAAGGAAGCCUGCUAAAGUAGCCACCCCAUGCCGCCCUUCUACUUCUGAAAGACGCCCUGCCACCAGAGAGUCAGCACCAAAGCAUGCUAACAGGGCUACCCCAAGCCGACCUUCUACCGCCGACAGGCGCCCUAUCACCAAAGAGUCAGCACAAAAUCAAUCCAACAUUGCUACCACACAUCGACCUUCUACUGUGGACAGGCGCCCUAACACCAAAGAGUCGGCACCAAAGCAAUCAAACAUUGCUACCACACGUCGACCUUCUACUGCGGACAGACGCUCUAUCACCAAAGAGUCGGCACCAAAGCAAUCUAACAUGGCUACCCCACGUCGACCUUCUACUGCUGACAGACGCCCUAUCAUCAAAGAGUCAGCACCAAAGCUAUCCAACAUUGCUACCCCAUGUCGACCUUCAACUGCUGACAGACGCCCUAUCAUCAAAGAGUCAGCACCAAAGCUAUCCAACAUUGCUACCCCAUGUCGACCUUCAACUGCCGACAGACGGCCUAUCAUCAAAGAGUCAGCACCAAAGCAAUCCAACAUUGCUACCCCACGUCGACCUUCUACUGGAGAACGGUUCCCUAGUACCAGAGAUAUGGCAAUGAAGCAUGUUGGCAUUGCCACCUCAUGUCAGCCAUCUACUGACAAACAGCGUCCUAUCACUAGAGAGACUGCACAGAAGCAUGCCGAUGUUGUCACCCUGUGCCGGCCUUCUACUGCCGAGAGAUGCCCUAUCACCAGAGAUAAUGCACAGAAGCAUGGGGAUUUUGUUAUACUGCAUCGGCCUUCUACUGCUGAGAGGCGUCCCAUCGCUAGAGAUGUUGCAGCAAAGCAUGCCAUUGCAGCUCUGCCACACAGGCCUUCUACUGCUGAGAGACGCCCUUUUACCAGAGAGGCUGCACUGAAGCAAGCUAGUGUUGCCGGCUCACGUUGGCCUUUGACUCCAGAUAAACGCCUCACCAGGGAAAACGAUGUUUCCACCACGCGGCGCCCUUCUACUGGAGAAAGACGCCCUAUCACCAAUGACUGCCCCCUGAAAUCGAAUCCAAAAACACCUACCAGGCUGAGAGCAAUGCUGACUUAUUCGAAGGGUGCUAUGGUCACAACAGUUACUCCCAAAAAGGCAGUAACUCCCAAUCUUGUUAAGAGUAGCAAGCUGGAAAACAUAAGCUCUUUUAACCUUCCUCCAAGGAAAAUGUUGACUUCCAAUGUUAGAGACAAUCAAGUUCAAGAAAGCUUCAGAAAGCCAAACAAAGAGAGAGUGCAGGCUCAAGCAUUUGCAUCAGAUAAUGUAACUCGUCUGAAGACAGGAAGUGUAAAGACGAGGGCUCCUGUGCCUCCGCCUCCGCCUCCGCCUCCCCCACCGCGCCGUCCAUCUUGCACGGGGAAGAAGCCCAAUGUCAAUGAUUUGCCUGCUGGUGGAAGAAAGCCAAAGGCCUCAACUCCACGCUGGCACUAACCCAGUAUCAAGUCUCCAGUCUAGGACCCUGCAGGAUAACAAGAUAACUCUGAAGUUGUGAAGGAAAACGAAGCGAUCGACGUGACCUAGAAGCUGCACCCAUGCUAUCCCCCCCUGUCCGCCAUUGAUGUCAUCUUGUGUCGUUACCACCACGUUUGUCACCUGUGUUGUGUGUUAGAGUAACCGUUGUAGUGUAUGUAGCUACGUGUAUCAUAUCCACUAAUGCCAUCGUAGCUCUACGGCCCCAGGUUUAACCGGAACAUUGUAUAUACCUGAAAUAAUUGGAGCUUUAGCUGAAGAAUAUUGACCCAGAAAUUAUGCCUAAGACUUGCAGGUACCUUGCAGUUCUAGAACUGUUGGUAGCUAGCUAAAUCAGCUGCAUGGCUGGGUUUGUCCUGUUCGUUUUCUUGCGGAACUGCUUGCAAGCCCUGUAACCACCACCAGCAUUUGAUCCCGUUUGAA